AUGGCGCAACGAUUCGGCGCUUCAUCGCUUCACCAGCGCGACUCACGCAGCGCUCUUUUCGAGGGCUACAACGGCGACGCAGCCUCGCGACGACCCGUCAGUGCGAGCCCGAACCGAGGAUACGGCUACGGCGGCGGCGGAUACGGUGCCCCUUCACCUUCUCCCCUGGGACAGGGCGGUUACGACGCUUCCAGGCCUACACCGUUUCGCUCUGCGACGCCGAACAAGAGAGGCCAGUACAGCGACGCGGUGCUCAAUGAGCUAGAGAGCCAGAACGAUGCGCAGGUGGAGGGUAUUCUGGGCAAGGUCAAGGUGCUGAAGAGUAUGACUGUUGCUAUCGGAGACGAGAUCCGCGAUUCCUCGGCGCUGGCGGAAAAGAUGAACGAUACUUUCGACUCGACUCGUCUGCGCCUUCGGGGCACUAUGAACCGCAUGCUUGUUAUGGCCCAGCGCACUGGCGUGGGAUGGAAGGUCUGGCUUAUCUUCUUUGCUGCCGUCAUCAUGCUCUUUAUGUACGUCUGGCUAUUCUGA